AUGAUGAGUGGAGUGCAGCCUACGGCAUCGGCUCCGCAGCCUCCGUCAGAGACCUCAUCUAAAACAACCGGCCUAUCACACCAGUGCACGAAGCCCGCAAGCCCUGAAAAGAAAGAGCGACGUAGGAAGCAGGUUCUCCAGGCGCAACGGGCGUACCGGGCACGGAACGAGGCUAACAUUACGGCGCUUAAACAACGCGUUGCCCAUCUAGAGUCUGCUCUAGAAAGAAUGGGUAAGGCGGUUGUUGACCUGAGCGAUAUCCUGGCCGAGAAACGAGUUCUUACCUCACACCCGAACAUUGCGGAUCGUCUCCGGGACACAUUGAAAACAUGCCUUGAUUCAGCGAAGUAUGGAAAAGAGCGUCACGAAGACUUUGGCCACUCGCAGCCAAACGACACAUCCCUAAGAGUACAAAGACCGGUAGAUAAGCAAUCUUCACCGAAAUAUGAUCCCAAAGAGUCUCCUCUGCCUAUUAAUUCGACCCGGCGAAGCGCACAACCUCACAACCGAUUUCUGCCAUUUGAGCUAGACGGUGCAGCAUCUCCAGAAAGGUUUAGCGAGAUUCCUUUCUUCAAACUCGGAGGCACUGGUACACACUAUCGUGGGGCGCUCGUAUCAAACCAGAACAAGUCAGGGCUAGAAGAACAACACUUCCCUGUAGUUCACAGUGCUCUAUCGGCUUUUCCGCCAGAGGCUCAAGAAGAGCUUGAUGGGGAGUGGUUUGACCUUUGGGAUUUGGUGGGGUACCUACGAGCUGAGACUAUCACUCUUUCUCUAGAACCGCCAAAUGAGGAGACGACACAUCGGACGGUGAAUGUAGUAGAUUUCACAGCAGCUUUAGUCGAGAAGGGAAUAUGCCUAGGGUACAGUCCCGGAUUCAAGCGGAGUGAUGUAGAAACCGCGAUCACCUUGUCCUCCUGGACAUGA